AUUUCUCGAAUACCGAAGAACGUUGUUCAAUUAUGGAAAAGAAAAAAUCGAAGACGAAUCUGUUGCAAAAGUUUGCGGACAAAUUCAAAAAGAAGAAAAGAUCCAGAUCGGCACCGACAUCUAAAGAGAGAACCUCAGAGAUUAGCAAAAGAAAAUCUCGUUCUCCAUCAAAAUCAAAAGUGACAACUGGAAAUUCUCAUGGAGCUUCCACGGAUAAUAAGACUAAAACGGACACAAAUCGUAUGGAGGUAACUGCGAAAGGAUUUAAAAAGGCAAAAGAUGCAAAGAAAUUGGAAAAGAAGAAGGAGGAAACUGGUCCAUCAAAAACCCCGUCAACGAUAGCUCUCCGUCGUGCUGAAAGUCAAAUGGAACUUUCUGGAAAUCGAAAGAACGUUGAGAAAGGUGUCAAAACGUGGGUGGAGCAACUAGAAAAACUGGUGGAAAUUCGUAAACUUCUCGAGGCGGACUUCAAACCAAUUGACACAAUGAAAGUCGAUUUGGAAAAGUGUCAGGCAUUCAAGAAAAAUAUUGAUUAUUGUCAGUCGGAGAACGUGGAACUUUAUGAUGCCAAUCGAGUUAAAGGAGGAGGUGAAGCUGACUUCUUUUAUCACGCAACUGUGACAUCCAUUCCAUCGAUAAGCACAAAGUCUACAAUUCUUGCACAACUUCCUUUAUCCGACUCUCCACAUUCACUUGAAUCAUUUUGGUUGAUGGUUGCCGCACAGAAAAUUCAAAGACUCUUCAUACUUAUUGGAGAAGAUGAGCUAGACAAGGCUGCACUGAGCGAAUACUUUCCAGAAGAUUUCAAAGAAUUUAAAACAAUUCGAGUCAAUAAUCGGAAGACUGUGUCGAAAAGUGAUGAACAACCGAAUACUCAAUUGUAUUAUGAAGUUGUGCCAAAAGACUGUGCAGAAGCUCCAUUCGCAAUGAUCGAGAUUUGUGAUUUUUGGCCAGAUGGUAAAAUUCCGACAGUUAGCUACGGAAGGAUUGCUGCCACUGCAGCAAGUGUCUUUGAUUCUGAUAUUGAUAGUGACGCAACUUGUGCUAUUGUGAGCAACUACGGUGCUGGAAGAGCCGGGUCAUUUCUAGUUGGAGUUCAGGCAAUUGAAAAAUUGCAGGCUGGGGAUGCACCUAAUAUUAAGGAAAUUGCAAUGUCGAUUCGUUCCCAACGUCCGUGUGCAAUCGAGACUCUUCCACAGUAUGUGUUCACUUACAUCAUUGCAUUAACUUAUGGACUCAAACAUGUCAAAGAUCCCGUAUUGAAGUCAAAAACUGAAAAAGUGAUCAGCCAGCUGGAACAAUUCGCAUGUGAGAAGAUGAUGGAGGAGGAUGAGGAGGAUAAUACUACUUGUGAAUAGGUGUUAAUAGAGAAUAAAUUGGUUUAUUGUAUAAUGUUUG